AUGCUGAAGUCAAGCUUGGCAGCUUUGCUCAUUACUCUGGCCAUAGAGGCAGUACCUGCUUCUGGCCUCUAUACCAAAAAAUCGCCUGUACUCCAGGUUGACGCAACCAACUAUGAUCGUUUGAUUUCACGUUCAAACCAUGCCUCGAUUGUCGAAUUCUAUGCUCCAUGGUGCGGCCACUGCCGAAACCUGAAGCCUGCAUAUGAGAAAGCUGCUAAGAACCUUGAGGGCCUUGUUAACGUUGCAGCUAUUGAUUGUGACGAUGACAAGAACAAAGCUUUCUGCGGCCAGAUGGGGGUCAAGGGGUUCCCAACCCUCAAGAUAAUUACCCCUUCGAAGAAGCCUGGAAAGCCUAGAGUCCAAGAUUAUCAAGGAGCUCGAACUGCAAAGGCCAUUGGUGAAGCUCUUAUGGAGAGUAUGCCGAACCAUGUCAAGAAAGUCACCGAUAAGAAUAUUGAGGAAUGGCUCUCCCAAGGCAAUGAGACCGCAAAAGCAAUUCUCUUCACCGAGAAAGGUACCACUGGCCCUACUCUGAAGGCACUAUCUUCCGAUUUCCUUGGCUCUAUUUCAUUCGGUCAAAUCCGAGACAAGGAGACGUCUGCCAUUGGAACCUUUGGCAUCUCGAGCUUCCCUGCCUUGGUCCUUCUUCCUGGUGGCGAUAAAGAAUCCAUCUUGUAUGAUGGGGAGAUGAAGAAGAAGCCGAUGAUGGAGUUCCUUAGCCAGGUAGCAGAGCCAAAUUCCAAGAAGACUUCAGAAAAGCCUAAGCCAACGAAGAAAGCCGAAAAAUCCACCAAGUCAUCAAGCACACCAGAGAAACCAGCCGAUUCCGCCAAAACGGGUAGCUCGAAAGAUAAGUCUGACGACAGUACCGUGCCUAGCUCCGAAGGUUCAGAGAGCCCUGAACGCAAGACACCACCACUACGAUCACUGGCAACCAAGACAGACCUCAAAACUACCUGUCUAUCUGAAAAAACUGGAACAUGUUUACUUGCCCUGAUUCCAUUACCGGGUUCUCCAUCUGACCCGCCGCCACCCGCAACAUUGGAGAUGAUAAACGCUCUCACUGAAGUCUCAUACAAAUAUACACGCAACCACGCAAACAUCUUCCCUUUCUACCUUGUCCCUGAAAUUGCCGAGGAGAUUACCACUUUCAAGAAGAAGCUCGACAUCCAAUCAGAUGGUGAACUGAAGAUCAUCGUUGUCAACGGCAGAAGAGGUUGGUAUAAGUCGUAUAACCCUGAAGAGAGGGGUGGAUUUAACCGUGAAGACCUGGAACAGUGGGUUGAUGCCGUUAAAUUCGGUGAAAUGGAAAAGAAAAAGAUCCCAGAGGGCGCUUUGAUCGGAGAUGCACCCGAAAAACCCGCCGAAUCCAAGAAGACGCCAGAGGAAACUGCGGACAAAGUUGAGGAGGAGACUGCUCCAGAACCAGAGCCUGAACAAGAGCCAGUCCAGGAUUCCAAGGAAGCUCAGCAACCAGAACACGAGGAGUUGUGA